AACCCAAAAAUCUGGUCCCCAAAACCCUAGAGUUAGCCGCUUCAGAUUUCAUAACGGCCAGAAUCAGAAGCGAUCAUGAUCAAUUCCAAUCCGCCCUAUUCCAUUGAUCCGAUUCUCAUUUUUGAAAACAUAACUCAUCAUAUGUUCCAGCUCCACGUUUUCUUCUCCGAUUACCGACUGGAGUCAGAUUAAAUACAAAGCCAGUAAUCGUCCAGUUCUCCAUUUUACAGAGAUUUUGGUGGGAAAUUGAUCGGAUAUACUUCCAUGGAAGAAACAUCUUCUCGCGCCCACCUGAAGCGCCCUCUUUCAGAUGAUGACGAGCCGAACAAACCUCCCAUGCCAAAGAGAGUCAGAUUCCCUAAGGGUAAGAAGGUGAAGGUCGGCGAUGAAGUUGCAAGCGUGAGCAAAGAUGAGGAAGUUCCUAGCGAGGGGAAAAAUCCUAAGCUUGCUGCCAAGGAACGCGCAAAGCGUCGGAAUCAGAUGACUGCUGAACUUUUUAGUGAAGAAGGCUCUGCUGGCUUUACUGAUGUACUGGCUGCGGAAGUGCAGUAUGAUGAGGAAAAUGCUAAUUUUGAUGAUGAUGGGAUUCAAAUAGAGCCUUUCAAUCUGAAGCACGAGAGGGAAGAAGGCUAUUUUGAUGCUGAUGGAAACUUUGUUGAAUAUGUCCAUGAUAAGGAAACUAAGGAUGCAUGGCUAGAUAGUGUUGAGGUUGAUACCAAAUUUGCUUCUAAAUUUUCUGAGAGAACAAAUAAUGAAGAGGACACUCAUGACCUCUCAACUGAGGACAUUGGAAAAAUUAAGAGGCGUAUUGCUGAUCUCCUCGAAUCAGGGGAAACGACACACACACACACACAUAUACAUAUAUACAUAUAUCCACUCAUUUUUAUCAUUGUGGAUAGUUUCAUCAUUAUUCAUAGUGUACAUGUUCUGACCUUCCUUUCAGAAGGAUAUGAGAGGUUAGCUCGUGCAAGGGACGGUGCAUCCAUUAGUGCUGCCAAUGGCAAUUAUGAUUCCAUAACUGGACAGGACAUGUUCUCUGAAGGUCUGGACUCUGAAAGGGCCACCUCACAGCUUCCUGAAUUGGCUUCGGGUCCCACUAACCCAAAUUUAUCUACCGCACAAGUUUCAUCCAGCAAUGCUGCAGAUUCAUUUGACAUGUUUGGGGAAGAUGAAGAGAAUGGUUCUUGUAAUCUGUCAGCUGAUGCAAAUGGUUUGGGUUCUGCUUGUGCACCAGAACCUUUUUCUCAACCUGUGCCAGGAAGCUUAGAUCGAGAUCCAGAAAGUGGAGGUCUGCAAACUGAUUAUAUGUAUGAUGAGUCAUCGGGUUACUACUACAGUAGCAGUUUGGGCUACUAUUAUGACCCUUCAUCUGGACUGUAUUGCUGUGCAACAUCCGGAAGAUGGUACUCAUUUAAUGAGCAGACUGGGACUUAUGAUGAAAUCCAGAAUGAAGCCACAUCCAUCUGAGAUGAGAUAAAGGUGAGAUCUCAAAUUUUGCUACAAGCUGAGGAGUUUGUAUAGAUCUUUAGAUAAUUACAUGGCCUUAACUUGUAAUGCUUGAGAAUUUAUCAAGGUCUUUUCUAGUGCUAUUUUCCCCUAGUGGUGGAUUGUUCUUUAUUCUAGUCUAUAGUUGCGCACUUUAAGAUGGAAGUGCGUACAAUCUUGUGAUUCUCCGUGAAGCAUUCAUAUUUUCUGUCAACUCAAAAGCAUUAAAGUCAUUUCCGCUGAA